ACUAAAUUAAGUAUUUUGUUUUCAACGUUUCAAUCAGGAGCUUUGAUGAAACGUGAGGGAGAAACAUGUGUCAAAAGACACUUCAAUUCUUUCCUAACUAACAAAAAAAUCAAAACAAAAGAGACAAAGUCUACGUGCGGGACGUGUGAAGACGAUCGGCCCACAGUUUCUUGCUCAACCCUUUUAGGGGUGUCGCCAUUUAUUAAAUUUACUUUAACUGCUUCCUAUUUUUUUACACUUUUAGGGAAUAAAAUGUAAGUAAAAAAGUCAAAUGUUGCUUUUCGUUUGGUUUUAUGUGUCUUUUUGGGGUAGUGGGGGUUUGAUUCAUCAUCAAGGGCAGCAGAAGACGUGAGCUGCGACCUGAUUGGCUACAAAACUCGGUGGGCGGGGCUUCGCCGCGGGGGUAUUAAAGGCUUUGUUCCAUUGUUGGGGGAGUGUGUUUUCCAGCUGGUCCACCUCAGGAGCAGCACUGGGGGAGAUAACUUUGCACUUUUUGGGGGGUUUUCUUUGCACUAUUUUCUUCUCAGUUAUUCCCAGAUGUCGUCCUCGUGCAGCCAGUCUCUGGACGGAAGUUUCCCGCCCACCCCCGCGGAGGACAGGGGCUCCCAGCGGCUCUCCUGGAGCAACCUGCUCCAGAGAUUGACUGAGCUGAACGGCCUCAGUCCCAGAGAUGAUCACUACUGCAGGAGUGAAAGUGGUUCUGUUACAGAUUUAUCUCUGUCAGACUCUGAAAGCAGCUUCUUCUGCUUCCCCCUGGAGGAGACCUUGGCUGCGGAGGUCGUGACCCUCAUCACAGAGAGCCUCCAUAACGCCUCCCCCCUCCUGUGCUGCUCCAAACUCAUCCUACCUGAGAAUCUGCUGCUCUCCAUCAGUGAAGAACUGCUGCACUUAGCUGUCAACGAGCCCUGCGGCCUGAGGGGGGCGCUCAUCGACCUGUGUGUGGACAGGGGCGACCAGGGGUCACUGUGCGAGGUGGACAGGAUUGCAGUGGAUCCCACCCUGGUUCCGACCUUCCACGUGACGUUAGUGUUGAGGCUGGAGUCCAACGGGCUGUGGCCUAAAGUUCAGAAGCUCUUCAGGGGCGGGAAGCCUCAGGGUUCACCGCGACAGCUCAGCUCGCUGAGGCUGAAACCCAGCUUCAGGGCCAUCAGGAGGAAGCUGUACUCUUCAGGGGAGCUGCUAGUCGAGGAAUGCCCCUGAGGGACGCCAGAUUUGAUCAAUAUUUUUAAAAAAGGUGGUCUAAAACACCGUCACCAUGGAGACGUUGAAAGGGACGGCCUCUUCCACGGCAGCUACUCAUCUGGUUAUGAGGAACUCUUUCCAUUGAAUGUGAAUUGACAACAGGGAUUAAAUAUAUAUAUAUAUCAUAGGCAAAUAUUCAAUUUUUUGUAUUAAUAAUAAUAAAAGAGCAUGAAAUAAACUAUUUUAUAUUAAA